UAUUCAUAGUUAUGUUUAUGUCACGUUUGCAGAAAUAGGCUUCCAUAGCUUCUUAGUUACAAAAAAGUGUAAAACCACCGAUCCAGUCAAUGUUUUGUCUGUUGUUCUCUCUCCGCACGCAGCUGCAGCGCCGUUAAACUGUUGUGGGCGGAGCCUCCGCUCAGGUAAGGCAGUCAGUCUCAGGCAACUUACAGUCCCGGAAGUCAGUUCAUCCACCAUACCAGGGCUGUGGAGAGCGCGUCGUCAGAAAUGAUUUGACCACGGCUUUUCUAAUCGCCGCUGUGAUCUGAAGGUGAUCUGUGAUCUGUAGAAUCCAUCAUGGUGAACUCAGGAAUAUGCUGCGCCAACCUCAAAGACAACAGAGCCCUGAUGAAGAUGGGGUUGACGCUGGUGCUGGUGGGCCACGUCAACUUUCUUCUGGGAGCCCUGGUGCACGGCGCCGUCCUCAGAUACUUCAUUGUUAAGAUUAAGAUCCGGACUAUUAUAUACGCUGUGUCUAAUGUCAUUGCCAUUGUGGAAGGUCUGAUUGGUAUUAUCAGCGGGAUAGUUGCUAUUGUCCUGUCUAAGAACAAGAAAAACAAGACCCUGAUGUGGGUUCUGUUGAUCUUCAGCAUCCUGGCAGGUUUCCUAGGAAUUGCUGCUGCCUUGGGAUUGUCAUUUUCUUUAAUUAAAGCCUUCAUCCUCAGGAAGGAGCGUGUGCUUAAGAAAUUCUGCCAAUUCUUUGAUGAAACCCCUGACCCUGCAGCCAUCACAAACGAAUGCCCCUUCGAUCCUACUCGUAUCUAUGCAACCAGCAUCAUUCUUUGGAUGCCUCUCAUCAUAAUGUGCAUCGUGGAAUCAGUGUUCACCUUUCGCUGUUUUGCUGCCUGCACUUCCUUCCUGUACCUGUGUCCAUGCAGGAAGAAACCGCUCCAGGCAAGGAGGGUUAAAAUCCAGACAAGGGCUGAAACUCCACUGCCGAUUCCAGAGGAAAAAGCCGACGAGCCGCCUGAAGAGCAAGAUCAACUGCUGCAUGGCACAGAGAUGCAGAGUGACUGGGUCUAAACCAGCAAAAACAUUUUUUCAUCAAACAAGAUGAAAAACUGAACAGAGAAUGUUACAAUUCAAAUAUUUUGAUAUAUCUGGACUUGCAUUUUACUAUUUAUGCCCAUUAGUGGCAUUUGUUUUUUAUGAUUUGAUGGAAUGCUGUUAUGGUUCAAAUGUUUUUCGCACUUUUGUACCGUUUUAAAAUCUGCCUCAUGUACCUUCAGUUCAAAUGUCUGUUUCAUUGUAAAAAGAAAACACAUUUUCCAUUCUUUAAAAAAAGAUUUUAAUACAGUUGAAACCUUAAAAUGUUUAAAGAACUCACUUGUUUUCCGAAUACAAAUAUAUAUACACAAAUCAA